UCUUGUGUGGCACGUUGCUCUUUCAACAGCUUUGAACUCAGGCUGAAGUCUUUACUGGGAAAAUAACAAGACUUUUUGUCUUUUGUCCCUUUGCUUGGGAUUUAGGUUUAAUUUUCAAGAGAAACUAAAUUCAUCUGAGUGGAUUUCACAAUGGAUGGUCAAAUGUGACAGGAUCAUUUAAACAGCGUUAUUUGAAACAAGGGUACUGCAUACUGGCAAUGUGUUCACAAGACGUUCAUCAUUUCUAAGGUGACAAGUUGUUUUUGUUGUUAGAUUAUCUGAUUAAGUUUGGCAAGUAUGUCCUCCCCAUACAAGACGGGGGCUGUUUCAAGCCCAGAGAAAAGACUUUCUCGGACAAAAAGCAAGAAAAAACAUUUUGUGCAUCAGAAGGUGGAGGUUUUCAGAGCCAGCGAUCCCAUCCUGACUGUGUUUAUGUGGGGCAUCAAUCACACGAUAAAUGACCUCUUUCAAGUGUCAAUGCCACUGAUGCUACUUCCAGAUGAUUUCAAAGCCAGCACUAAGAUGAAAGUCAACAACCACUUAUUCAACAAGGAAACUCUUCCUGGACAUUUUAAGUUUAAGGAGUAUUGCCCACUAGUUUUCCGGAAUUUAAGAGAGAGAUUCGGAGUUGAAGAUCAGGAAUAUCAGGUCUCUUUAACACGUCGUCCGCCAGGGAAGGAUGUUGAUGAUCAAGAUACAGGAUUGCUGCUGACAUUUGACCACAAACUCAUUGUCAAGAAAAUCUCCAAUGAGGAGGUGGAGGACAUACACAACAUCCUUUCCAAAUACCACCAGCAUAUUGUAACGUGCCGUGGUAACACACUUCUUCCCCAGUUUCUUGGUAUGUACCGUGUCACUGUGGAAAAUGAAGACACGUACCUUAUAGUCACACGGAAUAUGUUCAGUCACCGGCUUACUGUCCACAGGAAAUAUGACUUCAAGGUGAAGGAUAUGCUUACUUCCACGGAUGUACACUUCAUAAACAACAUGCAGCGGGUGUACAUUAGUGAGGAUGAGAAAAUUAUGUUUUUGGAUAAACUUAACAGGGACAUAGAGUUUCUUGUUCACCUGGGGAUCAUGGAUUACAGUCUGCUGCUUGGGAUUCAUGAUGUUGGGAGAUCGGAGCAUGAGGAAGAUGAAGGAAUGAAAGACUCUUCAAGUGAAGGAGAGAAUUCAGAGAAUGAUCAAUCACCUCCAUCUGUGGGGUCUUUCGGCACCUCACCUGAGGGCACUGGAGGGUACAUGAGCAUCUUUAAACCUCGUGGUCCAGGAGAGUUUGACCCUUCUGUUGAUGUGUAUGCCAUCCAGAGUGCAGCCGGUGCCCCGCAGCGAGAGAUUUACUUCAUGGGUCUUAUAGAUAUUUUGACUCUAUAUGAUACUAAGAAAAAAGCACCACAUACAGCAAAAACAGUCAAGCACGGAGCUGGAGCUGAAAUAUCUACAAUUCAUCCUGAACAAAAUGCCAAACUGUUUCAAGAUUUCAUCGCAAACAUCUUUGCCUACUGAAACUCCUUCAUGUGUAGUGGAAAUAAAUAUGAUUUUUUUUAUUGUUUCUUUUUUAUGUUUUUUCAAUUACUAUUUAUUAUUCAUUAAAUAUUUUUUUUUAUUUUUUUUAGAAAUGUGCUUUGCUUAU